CGAAGAAGAAAAAAAAGUUGGGCCGUGUGAGUUUUUUUGUUUUUUGGGCUGGCUAUUUGUUUUGGACUGGUCUUAGUGGUGGACUUGACUUUCUGACGGAAAAAAAAUACCAAGAUCUGAAAUAUUUGUACCGGGUAUCUCGUCUAGUCGUUUGAUAUGGCAGAAGAUGGGAAGUUCCGAAUUGAGAAGUUCGAUGGUACAGAUUUCAGUUGGUGGAAGAUGCAAAUUGAAGAUUUGCUGGUUCAGAAAGAUUUGGACGUGGUAUUGGGUGACAAGCCAGAAAAGAUGUCGGAUGCAGAUUGGGCAGGUUUGGAUCGGAAAGCUAUGUCCGUGAUCCGUCUCUCGUUGACCAAGAAUGUUGCGUUCAACAUUCUGAAGGAGAAGACAGCAAAGGGAAUUAUGGAUGCGUUGUCUAACAUGUACGAGAAGCCAUCUGCAGCGAAUAAAGUUUUUCUGAUUAGAGAACUGGUGAACACAAGAAUGAAAGAAGGCACUUCAGUUACCGAGCAUAUCAACAAGUUGAAUUCGAUCUUAGCCAGACUAUUGUCAGUGGGCAUUAAGUUCGAUGAUGAAGUUCAAGCUUUGCUACUACUAUCGUCUUUGCCUGAUAGUUGGUCCGGAACGGUUACAGCGGUUACCGGUUCAGUGGGGACUGUUGGAUUCACCUUUGAUCAGAUUCGAGAUCUCGUUCUUGGCGAGGAUGUCAGAAGAAAGAGUUCAGGGGAGUCAUCUGGUGAAUUGCUUCAUGUUGGUAGAGGCAGAAGAAAUAGCAGAGGUAGUGGGAGCAGGAACAGACGAAGGAGUCAGUCCAAGACUCGGGAUUGCUCAGGUGUAACGUGCUGGAAAUGCAAGGAGGUGGGGCAUUUUAGGAAUCAAUGUCCGAAUGACAAGAAAGUGAACAUUGCUGAAGGCUGCACGAGUGAUGAAGAGGUCCUUCUUACUUGUUGUGCGGAGAGCAGUGUGGAUUCCUGGGUCAUGGAUUCUGGUGCUUCAUUUCAUGCCACCCACAGCGGUGAAGCAUUGCAGAAUCUGGUUAUUGGGGACUUUGGAAAGGUACGACUAGCGGAUGACAGUGCUCUUGAGGUGAUGGGCAUGGGUGACAUGGUGUUGAAGACCUCAGUCGGUUUCUGGACUUUGAAGGAUGUCAGAGUGGUUCCAGCCUUGAAGAAAUGUUUGAUUUCUGUCAGGCAGUUGGACGAACAGGGACACGAGGUGAAGUUCAGAGAUGGGCAGUGGAAGGUCGUGAAGGGAAAUCUUGUCAUGGCCCGUGGAAAGAAGAGAGGUUCGUUGUACUUGGUCGAGUUACCAUCUGAGGGAGUGACUGUCCCAGUUCAGAAGAGAAACAAAGUCCGGUCCAAAGAGUCUCGUGGGCAGAAUAAGGUUGUCUAUGCAAGAGAGAAACCUAGAGCCACAGGUCAGACUCAGGAUGAACGAGCGUGGAAAGGUUCAAGGGGGCCAGUCAGAGGUAUUUGUGGCAGUGGGAGCUCAAGAGGCGCUUCAGCCAAGUUGCCUAGAAGACAGUGGGUCAGAAGAACCAGUAUUCCAGCUGUUGGAACAUCUCCAGAAAAUUUCUUGCUGAGUACGGAGAUUGUUUGUUCUCGGGAUGUUCCAGGAUCUGGCAGUGUGCGUCUGCAGUGGGAGCCGGUAGGGACCGAGGACAAGUCAGUGGCAGAUUUUGCCGUGACUGAUGUGUUGGAGACUUGGAGCUUGGGAGAGCUUCAACGGGCCUUUCAGUUGUCUGAUGAUAGGGCCGCUGCAACAGGAGAGCUGAGAAAGAUUACUCGAUGUACAGGCGAUCGUGGCGGAUGGCAGUUGAUGUUUAUCAAGCCUCCAAGUGGGAGAAUGAGAGCUGAGAAAGAUUACUCGAUGUACAGGCGAUCGUGGCGGAUGGCAGUUGAUGUUUAUCAAGCCUCCAAGUGGGAGAAUACAUCUGGUAAUGUGAUUGUGCACAGAACAUUUCUGGCGUUGCAAUCAGAUCCCUUAAAGACUAGAUUAGAUUUAGUACAUCAGCAAGCUAGUGAUCAUAUGGCACUUGUGAAUGUCUAUGCGGCUUAUGCAAGGAAACUCAAGCUUGAGAUCUCUAAGCAGCUCAAAUUGUUUGAAGAAUUGGCUCAGACUUUCUCAGAUCUUCAAAUGAAACCAAAUUACCAAACUGCUUUGUUUCAAACCGAAGGGCCUAUGGAUGAAGAUGUUUUGAGACAGUUUGAGAAGGAGGUGAAGGAUAAGAUCAAGGUUACUAGGUCGAUGAUUACUGAAACGAAAGAGUCCUAUGAUAAUCAGCUAAAAAUUCAAAAGUUGAAGGAUACAAUCUUUGCAGUUAGUGAGUUGCUUCAGAAGGCUAAGAAAAAUGGUGCUUUUGCCAGUUCGAUUGCUGCUAAAUCAACUCCAAAGAGCUUGCAUUGUGUAGCUAUGAGGCUUAUGGGGGAGAGAAUUGCCAACCCGGAUAAGUACAGAGACGAGCCUCCUAAGCCCGAGUUUGAGGACCCCACUUUGUAUCAUUAUGCAAUUUUUUCUGAUAAUGUCAUUGCAGUCUCUGUGGUGGUGAAUUCAGUCAUCAAAAAUGCAAAGGAACCAUGGAAACACGUUUUCCAUAUUGUUACUGACAAGAUGAAUUUGGCCGCCAUAAAGGUCUGGUUUAGGAUGAGGCCAAUAGGUGGGGGUGCUCAUAUUGAAAUAAAAUCCAUAGAGGAUUUCAAAUUCUUAACUUCUUCGUAUGUUCCGGUGAUCAGACAACUUGAGUCUGCGAGUUUGCAGAAGUUCUACUUCCAGAAUACGGCAGAGAAUGCAACUAAGGAAGUGAACAACAUGAAAUUCAGGAACCCCAAAUAUUUGUCGAUAUUGAAUCACUUACGGUUUUAUUUGCCAGAAAUGUAUCCAGACUUGCCCCGGAUUUUGUUUUUGGACGAUGAUGUUGUGGUCCAAAAGGAUUUGACAGCACUUUGGAAUAUUGAUAUGGGUGGGAAGGUAAAUGGAGCCGUUGAGACCUGCUUUGGAUCUUUUCACCGCUAUGCCCAAUACUUGAACUUCUCUCAUCCUCUCAUCCGCGAAAAGUUCAAUCCCAAGGCAUGUGCAUGGGCAUUUGGAAUGAAUAUAUUUGACCUUGAUGGUUGGAGGCGUGAAAAAUUGACUGAGCAGUAUCAUUAUUGGCAAAACUUGAAUGAGGACAGAACCUUAUGGAAGCUGGGAACGCUGCCGGCUGGGCUGAUCACGUUCUACUCAACAACCAAAUCAUUGGAUAGGUCAUGGCAUGUGCUUGGUCUUGGUUAUAAUCCGAGUGUUGGCAUGGAUGAAAUCAACAGUGCUGCCGUUAUCCAUUUCAACGGGGACAUGAAACCUUGGCUAGACAUCGGCAUGAAUCAGUAUAAGAAUCUAUGGACUAAAUAUGUGGACUCUGAUAUGGAAUUUGUGCAGAUGUGCAAUUUUGGGAUGUAGAUGAGGUCUCUGUUUCCUCUUCUUCAACAAUCAGGAGCUGCAAGCAUAAGUGUAUAACAAUGCUGCUAGCACUUGCAGAAUAUGAGUUCGUUCCAGUGUAUUACAAUCUCUUCAGAUGACGGUGGGUCAAGAAAACCAAGAUCUAUAUAUAUAUAUAUAUAUAUAUAUAUAUAUAUAUAUAUAUAUAUAUGAUUGCAUAUUUAGUCCUUUGAAAGUUUGGAGAAAAAACCGGUUGGGGACACUAAUUAUAUACCCAUUUCUCUUUGACAAUAUCCCCCCUUUUAUGUGCUUUGCGGGAUACUCUGAGGUAUGUAUUAAUGUUACAGUUACCGUUAGGAGCCCAUUUGAUACACAGUUUUGAUGGAAAUGUCUGAAAUUAUUGGCAUUGUGUGUGUAAUUGUCCCAAAAUCAUUUAAACAAUUGAAAACAUACUUUCAUCCAUCAACUAUGCACAUAAAUUCUACUUCAUUUC